CCAAGAAGUCCUAAACGCAAACUUCUGUGAUGUUUCCACUUUCCAUUCUUAUUUUUAUCCUUUUCUUCUCUCCCUUCUCUGUCUGCGUGAGGCAGGUGCAACGGCAAAAUGAGUUAACUCCUCUCCACUUUCCACUGCCUUCCCCACAUCUAGGAGCUUCCUCUGUUCCUCGUCUUGGCCAGCCUUGUCAGUCGAUGCACAAGUACAGAACUUCCACUCGUACCUUGCAUGAAAGCAACCAACUCCGAUUUUAAACCGCGAUUUUACGUCCCGUAACGAAGCACAGCGCUGUUUUCUCGACAUUAUCUGCUCAGUUCCUUUCACGUUCAAACCGACCAAGAUGGAGAAGGGCGUCGUCGACGUCAUCACGAUCGAAAACUUGGAGCAAAAGAUGUCGCGUUGGAACCCCGACAGUCCCAAUCAGCUCUAUGCCCUGGUUGACAUGGGAAGGUAAGCCUGCCUCUUGUCGCCAUGGCCAUGGGUCAUAUCCUCUGCCGCCUAAGGGCCGCAGAGAGAACCCGCUGGUCUGACGAUUCUCCAAGCAACGGCAUCCGCUUCUCCAUCUCAGACCUCUCCCCGCCAAACACCCGGCUCCUGAAAUGCAUAUACCGAGAGCGGGCAGCCAUCUCAUUGUUUGAUGCUCUGAGCGGCUCGUCGCCAUCCGCAACCUCCUCUGGUCCCCUCCUUUUCCCCGAGGAAACCAUACGACGGGUUUCGCAGACCCUAGCCCGCUUCAGAGCCAUUGCCGUUGACGACUACGGUGUUCCCGCUGAUCAGGUGACCGUGUUUGCCACGGAGGCAAUGCGUCGGGCUCAGAAUGCUGCCGCGAUGCUUGAAGCGAUCCAGGCUGCAGUCCCGGGCUUACGCGUUCAUGUCCUCACGCCGCAGGUUGAGACGCUCUUCGGUGCCGUGGGAGCCCGUUCUGGUUUCAUCAACGUGAAAGGGCUCUUUCUUGACCUCGGCGGAGGUAGUGUGCAGAUGACGUACUUGGACACCUACGCUGCCAGGGCUGGCACUUCGGAGGAUAGUCCUGGCUAUGAGGUCCUUGCGGCGCUAGCAGGGCAAAGCCUGCCCUUUGGUGCAGCUCGCCUUAUCAAAGUUCUCGAGAGCUCCAAUGCUGAAGUACAAGCUGCCGAGAAAUCACAGCUCCGGAACGGCCUCAGCGAGGCUUUCCGGACCCUGUGUGCCAGCUUCCCUUCUCUUGCCGCAGCCGCCGCCGAGGUCCAUGAGGAUGAGUUGUCUAGGAGCAGUAGAGUCUCGGGAAUCGAUGUCUAUCUUUGUGGAGGAGGAUUCAGGGGCUACGGAAGCAUGCUGAUGCACAACAACCCGAUCCGGCCAUACCCGAUUCCGUCAGUCGCGUCCUUCACCGUCUCGGGCAAGCUGUUUGGCAGAACCAAUGACAUGCUCAAAGUCAACACGUCGUUUGAUGGCAAGAUUUUCGGUAUGUCGAAUCGCCGGCGCGCCCAGUUCCCCGCCAUAGUCGAAGUAGUUGACGCGCUCGUUGCUGCCAUUCCACCCAUCCGUUCCGUCACGUUUUGUGCCGGAGGGAACCGAGAAGGCGCCUUGAUGAUGAGGCUGCCUCCAGAGCUUCGAGAGAGCAAUCCGCUAGACUUUUCAGUGGCCCUCGCAGGCCUCCCAGCUCCUUCAAUCCCCGGCGACGAGUUGGGAUGCGUUCAAGACGUCCUCGACACCCUGCGGUCGGCCUUCCCAACGAACCUAGAUUUGAGCACGGUAGUCACCGUCUUCAGCUUACAGCUUGGUGCUAUGUACGCUAGUCAGAUCUGGAACCGCUUAGGGGAGGAUGCUGAUUGCAAUGCCUCUGCCGCUUUGCACCACGCGGUUAACUGCCCUGACCAACCCGGACUGACGCAUCUAGCCCGUGCCGUAUUGGGUGUUACGCUCUGCGCACGAUGGGGAGCGAAUCUAGCGCUCAUUGAUCAACAGCUACACCAAAACCUCAAAGCGAUUAUGGAAGCAGCAGAUCCGGGCGCGACAUUUUGGGCUGACUUUACGGGAGCGGUAACUGCAGCAUUGGCAAUGGUUCUAAGGAAAUGGCCAAGGACGCGGCGGAGCAUUCAAGACAAUAUCAGAUUCCGGUCUACCGCUGAACAUGGCAAAAGGGUCAAGAUCCUUUUGGAGAUCUUGAUUGCUGAGGGUGCUGCAAGGGGGCUGGAUCCGGACAACCUUCUUGGUCUCUUCAAGAAGCUUGGGAAGCAGCAACAUGAUGGGCCUAAAGUCAUCGUCACCGUUACAGUUGGCCCCCUCCGCUGAAGCCCGAAUCAACAUGCGACUUGCCAUAAUCUCAGCCACUAGCCGUGAACAACAAUCUGACAUUGGUGGGCUAUAUCGUCAACUUUCCUCGGUUCAACACCAUUGUUAUCGCCCGGCUUCAGUACGCCCCGGAUAUAUAACAGUUCGUUCGGUAAUCAAAACGCAAAAGUCAUCAUUCAUAGCCAUGCUGCCCGAGCUGGCUUCGAGACUCAAUCUGCCAUUCAUCGCCAGACCCAGAUAUUCCCGUUCGGCCGAGCAUACAGUGAAUCUCACCGUGCAUCGGCAAUGUAAUAGCGAG